AUGUACGUCAACAGGCGAAUGGGGAUGAGAGACACAGUGCUGGCGCUCUUCCUCGCUGUCUUGCAGGGAUUUCCUCUCGGGGAUACGGUCCCGAACCCAUCACCUCUGGUUGGAUCCACCUGGGGGAACCCAAGGAGAUACGUCCACCUGCAGACAUCCACAGACCUCAAUAACUUCUACUUGGAGAUCAGAUUAGAUGGGAGUGUGCGCAAAACUACGUCCAGGAGCACCUGUAGUGUGAUUCUACUGAAAUCUGAAGCAAGAGAUUGUGUCGCCAUCCUCGGCGUCAAAAGCAGCCGUUACCUGUGCAUGGACCUGGAGGGCAACCCGUUCAGCUCUCCUGUCUGCCUUCGGGAUGACUGUCUGUUCAACCACAAGCUCCUGGAGAACAACCGGGACGUGUACUACUCCAGCCGGACCGGCAUCUUGUUCAACCUGGAGGGCUCCCGACAGGUGUACUCGGCGGGUCAGAACCUGCCGCAGACCUCCCUCUUCUUGCCCAGGAAAAACACCGUACCACUGGAGCGCCUCCUGCUGCACAGGGAGAAGAGGAACCGAGGGCAGACAGAAGAGGGUUCGGACUCCCGGGCCGUGCCCGAGGAGCUGGAGGAAAUGGAGGUGGAAAUGGAGACGGAAAUAGAAACAGAGAUCGGGGAUGACGGACGCAACGUGUCCCGGGAGAAACUCGCGGCUCCAUCCAGCCACGACCCCUGGAACGUGCACUUCUCCAACCCGGCCAGUCCCCGGAGCGCCGGGACAGUUGGCUGAGAAAGACCACGGUAGCCUUCAGUUAGUCUACGUGAGUCUAUAGUUUAACGUUUUAGUUUAGAUCAUACAAGAGAAAAAAUAUUAACAUGAGACUUCAUGGAAAAAUGAAAGCAGAACAAGGUCGUUCCCUCUUUUUCACACUGACUUAAAAACGUUUUUAGUCAUCAUUCAGCAAUGCAGUGUGUUUAUACACUGAAUGUACAAACUUGACUUGCAACUCUUUUUGCACAAUUUAUAUUGUCUUUAAACUCACCUGCGCCUGCAGCCUUCUCUUUCCUUUUAAUUUAGUUUUCACGCAGUUGUAAAUAUAGAUUUUAAGUCGAGGGACGUGUGUUUUAACCUGUAUUCACUUUAAAAUAAUAUCUUAGGUGUCCAGAUGUUCCAACUGGCAUGCUCUCACGCUGAGCAUUGAUCAGGAUUUCUUUCGGAAUAUUAUUUGGUUUCUCUCACAAAAUCACCAGAGCCCUUCAAAUUAAUUACCCCCAAAUCAGUGUACAUGUGUGCGCAAUCUUUGAUUUUGUGGUUUCUUCUCAAUGAGGUUUUUACAGCUGGUCUGAGAAACCCACAUUUCAAAAGUGACACUGAUGUUUUUUCCCAUGACAGAAGCUCCACUUAGCCUGCAUCUGGAUUACUGAAGGCACCAUUUAAUGGUUUAAAACAAAAAGAAAGCGAUAUAUAUGACGAACAUACUAUAAAGUUUUUAUUUGGUAGGUUAAGAUUAAAUAUUUGAAAGUUCUGUGUGGUUUUUAACUUCUUAAAUUGGAAUUAAACAGGGAAAUCCCACAACUUUUCACUGCCAUCACUCAUUUGUGUAUCCUCCACCAGUCUUUAAUACAUGGCUUGAAGGAAUAUAUGUACAGGGUAAAUAACCUUUACAGAUGUCAACUCCUAACUCCAGUUAUGUGACUUUUACAGGUGCUGGGUGCCACCAGCAAACACAAAAAAGAGUC